GCGGUGCGGCAGCUGCUCUGAUCAGAAUGACGGAGGUGGACGUUCACGAAGCAAACUCAAAACCAAAUGAAAUAUUAUGCCAAGAGUGCCAAGCCAAACCCUCCAAGUACCAAUGCCCCGGUUGCUCCAUCCGCUCCUGCAGCCUCCCCUGCGUUAAAGCUCACAAGUCUCGCACCUCUUGUUCCGGCAAAAGAAGCCUAACCCACUACGUCCCUGUCUCUCAGAUGGACGACAAUACCCUCCUCUCUGAUUACAAUCUGCUUGAGGAAGUGAAGAGGGUUGCCGAUUCUGCUCAGAGAUUGAGAAACAAGUUGUGUAGAUAUAACAACUUUAAGCUGCCCUUUCAUCUUAAGUGCCUCCGGAGUGCUGCCUACAGCCGCAGAACAAAGCUCUUGUUUCUGUCUAAUGGGAUGUCUAAGAGGGACAAGAAUCAGACCCGAUACGAUACGAGGACGAAAUGCAUCUCAUGGACGAUUGAGUGGCGGUUUCAUUCGACAGAUGUUGUUCUAAUUGAUCAUGGAGUGAAUGAAAACAUGAAGCUCUCCGCUGUUCUUGAAGAACAUUUACAGCCUGGGCCGUGGAAUCAUCAGUUGAGGCCUUUCUGUACAGAGCGGCUGGAUUGUCUCAAACUUUUUAUCCGAACACGCCCCACGGGCAAUAGGUCACCAUUCCGUGAGUUGGAUUUACGAGUUCCAAUCAGGCAGCAGUUAGCCAACCUAGAUAUUUUGGAAUACCCUGUCAUAUAUGUUUUUCUUCCUUCACACAGUUUUGAUUUUGAAGUAGUUAAAGAUGUCAACCGUAACGUUCACAAACAAGAGGUUGAGAUUUAUGGAAGCAAUGACCCAAGUGCAGUAGGUUUACCCUUUAAGGAGGAGGAAAUAGAAGAGGACAACAGCUGCCCUAAGGUUUUGGAUCUAAUGGGACAUGAGACUUCAGUUUCCAUGCCUCAUAUUUCCAACAACAGCAGGUUUGAGAAAGGAAUAGACAAUUCAUCUGAUAGAUCUUUGUCUGCAACAAUAGCAGCAGGAAAUGGUUCACAAACCAUCUCCAAGGAUAAGGAAAAAGGACUUUUGAAGACAUGGAGUUUGAUUUUGAUCAAGGCUUAAUAGACUCGUAUUCAGACCUUAUUGCUGAAAUUAAUCCUGAUGAUUUUCUUGAUUUGGAUGGUGAAGGGAUAGAAACAAAUCUUUCAGGUAUAAGGAGUUUCUUAUUAUCAGACAAUGACAUAGAAGAAGGGGAAAUAUUAGAAUGAUGGGACUCGUUAGAUUCCUUGAAUGGCAUAAAAAAAGGCGGAAGUUCUGAGGAGCAUCAAUCCCUAGAGUUUGCUGGCAAUUACAAGUGUAGUGCCUUUCAUGACAUUGAACUAGCUUAUUCUAAGUACUUCUGAGCAAUUUCUGAUAAUAUCUGGAAACAUAUGAUUUCGUUGUGUGUGUACACACAACCAGGUAUUGUACUCCUACCGGUUCCAUCGUCUAUCACGUGUCGAACUUGAAGUCCCCCGAAAUUGGUUUGUAUCCUGGUUGGACUCUGAUUCCUCCUCCAGCUUGUUGCAACUAAGAAAUUGGAUAUCUUUGCAACAGCGUGGCACCUAUACAGAUCAUCUGAUGUUUGUUGUAAGCUUUUAUUUAUUAAAUCUGUAAUUGUUCAGGGACUUGAGUUCCGUUCUCCUGCACUUUAUUGUGACUUUAGACAUAGAUUG